AUGGGUCAAAUGGGACAAGCCCAGAAUGUCAACGUGGAGAGUCGCUGCCUUGAGGCAGACAGACAAGCCCCGGCCCCUCUACACCGCCCCGCCCGGGCUCAGCUCCGCCCCGUGUCGCGGGCUCUCUCCAUCAGCCGGGGCGCCAGGCAACAGGCGGCCGCUGGCAAACACCCGUCUCCCGGGACGCGGCUCCGAGCCCGCCAGGCAAGGGCAGAGGCACGGGGGGGAAGAAUGAAAUCAAGAUCAUCUUUACCGGCGUUCAAAAUUUAUCUGAGUGAAGCUACUCCCGUUUGUGUUUAUAUUCAAAAACCUAAAUUGCUGCCCUCUAUUGUGGAAAGACCAGAUCGACCUCUUGAAACCAUCUUCGACAAGAUAGAAAAUGAGCAAAUGAAUCAGUCUGGGCACCAGGUUGACAGAGUCAUGAAAGACCUGAAACAACUGAAAAACAAACUGAACACAUCAGGUGAACAGUUUGCGGAAGAUUUGAUUGACUCGGCUAAAUCAAAAUGCCUGGACGAAGAUCUUGAAGCUAAACAGUCGUGGGAACUUUCCAGAACAAUCUAUAGACAUGGAGAUAUCUGGGAGAGCUUUGGAAAGCUACAGAAAGAACAGAAUCUGAAUCGGAAGGAAAAUGAAAGUCUUACUGAAGAGAACAAGCUGGUGGUGGCACUGAAAGAAGCUGAAACGGCAUCCAUCGCUGCAGAAAACCAAGUGGCAACUCUAAAAAAUUCCAUUGUAGAAUUAAUCCAGGUGAGUACAAUGUACGACUAA